AUGAGGAGGUUUUUGGUCCCAAGAGAAACUAUUCAGAAUGCUAAUGUUGUGGAGGCAGAACAUGAUCCCCCGCUUGAUACUGCAAACAAUAAAGAGUUUAAUCCAGCUGAAAUUUUGUGUGAUCCUGCUCUUAAGAAACAAGUUGCUGAAUAUGCUCCAGAAGUUCGAGAUCAAGUUAGAAGGGCAUACAUAUUAAAGGGCCCAACCCAACCAAUAUUGAAGUUUCGGCGUACAGGUUCAAGAGCAUUUUCUCAAUCAUGGCACUCAAGGUAUAAUUGGAUAGAAUAUAGCGAGUCAAUGGAUGCAGCUUUUUGUUUCUAUUGUUUCCUAUUUAAGCAACCUGGAAGGGCUGAACACUUCGGUUUUGAAGUCUUCACUAAGACAGGGUUUAGGGAUUGGAAACAUGCAUAUAGAGCUUUACCUGAGCAUGUUGGUGGUUUGGAUAGUGGCCACAAUAAUUGUGUUAGGCAUUGUGAUGAUUUCAAAAAUCAAAGACAAAGUGUGUCAAACAAGUUGGCUCAUGCAACUGAUGAGUCAAAAGAAUUAUACAAGAUCCGUUUGACUUCUUCUCUAGAGUGUUCAAGGUAUCUCAUAGCACAAGGUUUGUCAUUUCGUGGUCAUGAUGAAUCUUCUACUUCGUUGAAUAAGGGAAAUUUUCUGGAGAUGAUAGAUUGGUACAAGGAUAGCAAUGCAGAAGUGAGAAAUGCUUUUGAUCGUGGUGGGAAAAAUUGUCAGAUGACUUCCGGUGACAUACAAAAGGAGCUUUCAAGGUGUUGCGCUGAAGAAGUCACCGAAGUGAUUAUGGGAGAACUUGGGGAUAAAAAGUUCUCUGUGCUUAUCGACGAGUCACGAGAUAUAUCUAUUAAAGAACAAAUGGCAGUAAUGUUGAGGUAUGUGAGCAAUGAAGGGAGGGUUGUUGAACGUUUUCUUCGACUGUGUACCAUGUAAAAGAUACUACAUCUGAGGCACUAAAGUUAGCUCUUUUUAAGAUUCUUGACAAUCACAAACUAUCAAUUUCAAGGCUACGUGGGCAAGGUUAUGACGGAGCUUCAAACAUGAGAGGUGAAUUUAAUGGCUUGCAAAGAAAGAUUCUCGAUGAGAACCCUUAUGCUUUCUAUGUUCAUUGCUUUGCACAUCGUUUGCAACUGGUUGUUGUCGCUGUUGAUACUUCGUCUUCCUCAUAUGUUCAUGAUUUUUUGAGUAUGCAUCCUUGAUUGUGACUACAUCUAGUUCAUCCUGUAAAAAGGUGGAAGUAUUGGUGGAAGAAAGUCAUAAAAAAAUGCUGGAUAGACUUGAGAGAGGUGAAAUUUCUACA